AUGAUGCGAUUAGUGACUUUCCCUGGUCAGGGAACGGCGAUUUCGAUACCGGUGUUGAAGUCUGUCAUCAGGAAUAAAGCCAAGGAAUUCGAGAACAUACUGGAGAGGAAUGGAAAUCAUUCGAAGGAGCUUCUGCAGUUCAUCUUUGCAAAUCCUUCGAGUCCCGGGAGCAUCGCUGUUUGCUCCAAUUUGUACUACCAGCUGUACAGAUCGUCUUCGAAGAGGGUUUCCGAGCGAGAGAUACUACUGGGCCACUCGCUGGGCGAACUGACGUGUCUGAGCGCGAAUGGGCUGUUCUCGCUGAAGGAUCUGUUUGAUAUAGCCAAUUACCGGAACGAGCUGAUGGUUCGAUGUACCGAGAAGUAUCUGCAGGCACAUCGGAUCAGUCGGUCGUCGCUGUUCGAGAUGUGGGCGCUUUCAUCGCCAAAGGCUACCGAUCUGCCGCAGGAGGUGAACCAGCUGGUGUCGUCGCUGCCGAUCCAGACGGUGUCAAUUGCGAAUGCGAACUCGGUGAAACAGUGUGUGGUGACAGGGCUGGUGGAGGAUCUAGAAUCGCUGAGGACCGAGCUGCACCUGCGAUUUCCCAUGCUGCGAAUUACCGAGUUGACCAACCCAUACAAUAUUCCGUUCCAUAACAAAGCCGUGCUGGAGCCCACCAGAGGCCCGUUGUACGAUUUUAUCUGGCAAAUCUUGAAGAAGAACCAAACCCACACGUUCACCGAGCUGGAGUCGCCGAUAAUAGCCAACUUGGACGGUCAAAUAUCCACGCUGGUGCACCACGCUUUGGAGAAAUUUGUGAAAUGCAGCAGCAACACGGUCCAGUUCACAAUGUGCUACGACACCAUCAAUGACAGCCUGAAAGGCCAGGUGGAUGAAUCGGUCAGCAUCGGUCCCGGAAGCGUCAUUUACAACCUCAUAAGAAGGAACUGUCCCAAUCUGAACAAUUAUGAAUAUUCCUCACUAACCACUAUUGAGAAAUUUAAUGAUGAUCAUGAGAUAACAGAACAAUAA